AUGCCAUUUGUAAUCUUUAACUUAUUAUAUUUGACUAUUCUUCCUUCAACUAUCGUUUCUACAUGGAAUUAUGGUGAAUUAGGACCUGAUGUAUGGAGUGAUCAAUAUCCUUUAUGUAUUGGACAUUCUCAAUCACCAAUUGACAUAAAAACAGCAUGUACCAUUUAUCAAUCGUUUAUACCUUUCCAUUUUUCCGAAGAUUAUAAUAAUUCAUAUGAUUUUACAGUUGUAAAUAAUGGUCAUACUAUACUUACUAAAUAUUCUGGAAAUAUUUUACCAUCUCUUACAGUAACAGGUGGCGGUUUAAAUGGAACAUUUGAAUUUUUGAAUUUUCAUCUUCAUUGGGGUGAAAAUUAUAAAUCUGGUAGUGAACAUCAAGUAAAUAGCGAAAAAUAUGCUGGUGAAAUUCAUUUCGUCUAUAUUAAUCCUCAAACAUAUCAAUUAGCUGUUCUUGGAAUAUUUAUGCACAGCAAUCGAGAUAUUCAUACAGAUCAUCAAAGGAAACGACGAGACUAUUCUAACACGAAAAAGAAUACAUUAGAUGAAUGGGAAACAUUUUUUUCCAUAGCUGGUACAUUGCAACAGGCAGAUAUGUCAGUUAUACUUAGUUUAAAUUUAGCAAUAUUAAUGGGUACGAAUUUGAAUGAUUUUUGGAGGUAUAGAGGUUCUUUAACAGUACCUCCAUGUACAGAAGAUAUUAUUUGGACUGUAUUUAAAACUCCUAUUGUAUUUACUGAAAAUGAAUUGAAUAUUUUUCGAAAAAAACUUUUUUUUCAUGAUUAUCGUAAUCCACAACCAUUGUAUAAUCGAACUGUAUAUCGAAACUUUGUAAAUGAAGAAUUAUUGUCAGCAGUUGAUUAUAAUUGUUGUUUGAAAUCUAUACCCAAUGGAGCAAAUACUCGUAAUAUAGCAUUAUUAAGUAAAAUCACUCUUUUAUUUAUUUUAGUUCAUUGA